CCGGAUUUUUUUUUUGGGUUGUUGGAAACAAAUUUUUGAAGAAUUGCUAAUGAGCAAUUUUGGUUAAUGUAACAUUUGAAUUCUAUUGUGAUCCUUCUAUGUUAAGAGCUAUCUUAUUGUGCGAAGUCCAGGGGUAAAAUUUCAUCUUUGCCAACCACACUUCUUUCUGUUGUCAUCCAUGGUGCUUUUAUCCAGGAAUACUUUCAUGGCUGUACAACUCCUGGAAUCAAUAUAGAGGCUUGUAACAUGGUAAUAAACGUUUUAGUUGGAGGAAGUGGGUCACUUUUUAAACGCUUCCAUUGUGUAAUAGAUGUCCGGCUAAAACAUUUAAGUCGUAUCCAGGACGAUGCUAAUUGCAAAUGCUGGAGAUUGCCGAGCUGUGCUGGGAAGAAGAGGUAGGGCAAUUGAGCUUUCCAAAGACCAUAAACCCAAUUGUGCCUCCGAAAGAGUGAGAAUCGAGAAACUGGGAGGCAUGGUGUAUGAUGGCUACCUCAACGGUCAAUUAUCUGUGGCACGAGCUCUUGGGGACUGGCACAUGAAAGGCUCCAAAGGUUCCUUGUGUCCCUUGAGUGCAGAGCCAGAGCUCGAGGAGACAAUUCUGAGCGAGGAAGACGAAUUCUUAAUCCUAGGCUGUGAUGGGUUGUGGGAUGUGAUGAGCAGCCAGUGUGCAGUCACGAUGGCAAGGAAAGAACUAAUGAUCCACAAUGAUCCCGAGAGAUGCUCAAGAGAGCUGGUUCGGGAGGCACUCAAGCGCAAUACGUGCGAUAACCUGACGGUGGUAGUGGUAUGCUUCUCGCCAGAUCCACCCCCGUUGCUUGAGAUCCCAAAGUUAAAAUUCAAGAGGAGUAUAUCGGCGGAAGGCCUGAAUCUUCUGCAGGAGGUACUAGAUAGUAAAUCAUGAUCAGAUUUGAUGAUCAAUCACAGUUUGUGGACGAUAUUGAAUGAUCAGGUUUCUUUUUUCUCUUUUAUUUA